AUGCGGUCGCCGAUCGACGUGGUAAAAAAAGUUGCAAUAACUUUGUACUAUUUAAGUGAUGAAGGUCGUUUGCGAAAGACUGCAAAUGCCUUUGGUGUUUCACGGCAGUCUGUCUCCAAAGUAGUUCGACAAGUUUGCAAAGCGAUUGCCAUUCACAUUGGACCUGAUUACAUUCAUUUGCCAACUACAGAAGAGGAUGUAAAAGACUUAGUUGCAAAAUUUCAUGUAGCUCAUGGCUUUCCUCAGUGCUUAGGAGCAAUUGACAGCACCCACGUCGAAAUUAAGCAGCUAAAGGCAAAUAGCACAGAAUAUAUAAACAGAAAAGGACGCUACAGUCUUAACGUUCAGGCUACUUGUAACUAUGAUUAUCGUUUUAUUGAUGUUGUCAUUAAGUGGCCAGGCAGUGUCCAUGAUGCUAGGGUGUUCCAAAAUUCCCAAAUGAACCAAGUCUUGAGAGAUGGCACCAUACCACAAUGCAGGCGGAUAGUAGUUCCUGAUGAGGACCCUAUUCUGGUAUUCCUUCUGGGAGACCCUGCUUACCCGUUGAUGCCCUACCUGAUGAAGGAAUAUUCUAAUGGUGGAGCUACAGUCCAGGAGCAGUACUUCGGGAUGACUCUGUGUCAGUCCAGGAUGGUCAUCAAGUGUGCGUUUGGAAGAUUAAAGGCAAGGUUUGGGUGUCUUAAGAGGGCCAUGGACAUAAAUUUGAAUGAUCUCCCAUAUGUAAUAUAUGCAUGUUUUGUUCUUCACAAUUUUUGUGAGAUGAGGAAAGAAAAAAUUGGAGAGAACAGAGUUCUGGCAUCCAUUGCUUUUGAUAAACAUUUCCAGCCAUUAUCAAAUACAAAUAAUUUUAUAACAGACAGCAAUGAGGCAGAAGGAAAAAGAGUCAGGAGAGUUUUAACUAAAUAUUUUGAUCCAUGA